GCGGCAGAUUGUUGGGCGACCUCCGCCAUCUUGGCUGAAGCCCACUUCGCCAGCAUGGAUUUGAGCGAAGCGUUCUCAGACGUGGAAGUAGUUUCUGAUGGUUUGCCUGAGCCUCCGGGGGAGGCUUUUCAAGCUGAUCUGCUAGCUGCUUUCUCGGACGGGGAUGAAGAAGUUUCAGCUGCUCACGAUGUACUCGCCUUAGCUGUGCCCGCUGGAGCAGUCAGUGUUGUGGCGAAAGAACAAGGCACGGCUGCGACAGAGACAUGUCGCAGUGCACGAGAGUGUCUCAAAGGGAAGCUGGGGAAGGGCAGGCACGGCGGCCAGCUUGAACGCAACAUGAUUUGCCGCCAUAUGCGGGCGCAGAAGCGGGAAAAGAAGUCUCGACAGACUGAAGACGAGCUGCUCGCUGCGCUGGGGAAUUGUCAGUUGGUUAAGAACGGCGUCUGCUUCAGUGUUGCAGCCAAGCCAACACGUGCGGGAGGCAUUCGAAUCAUCUUGACCAAGGCGGCUGGGCGUGGCAACAGAUAUGUCAGAAAAGUUGCCUUUGAAAAAUUUCUGCGAGCAUCGUUUGGUCUUAAUACAUCUAACGUGGCACUGGCCGCAGUUUUGGGACUGGACUCGUCUACCAUUCCGCGCCUCCAGAAAACCUGCGCAGGGACGUUCAUGAUCGCGCAAGCCCGUGUUCUGGCCCGCAUCUGCUCGUUCUGCCAGCGCAAGAAGCCAUUGACAGUGCAUGAGCAGCUGAAGUAUGACGAGACAACAGAGCACUUGGUGAUGGAGCCGCAAGCAGGGCAAGCUGAUGAUCCGUUGAGGAUUGAAACGCUUCAGUUCUUGGAGCAAUGGCACCAUGGGCGAGAUUGUGAAGCCGACGGCCAGGAAAAUGAUGCUGAGGGUAAGACGAUGUUCAGCCGAAAGUUGAGGGAAUUCCGUGAGAUGUGGAAUGGCCCGUACGCGGGGCAUCCUGUUCACAGAUGCUCAGGAAGGCAUUGCAAGUCCAAGGCCGAGUGUGUGGCGAGAAUGGCUGCGACAUUCAUCUCGCUCCUGCUAACGGCCCUCCCGGCUGUGCCUUCACCCAACAAGUGGUGCAAGAUCUUUCCCUCUUCGGAUUUCGUAGGACUUGGGCUCCUAGUGAAUAAUGUCCUCCCGGGUAUUUUCAACUUAGCGUUCCAACCGAUGAUGUUUGCAGCAGAUCUUAACCAUGAAGAAGCAGAUCCGAGAUUGGUUGAAGGUCUCUACUUCCAUGCUGUCCAGGGGAAGCGCUAUUUGGGUUCGCGAGAGUUUCUGACAUCUCCCGACUCCCAACUGCGUUGCAGAAUCUGGCUUCUGGUGUCGGAACAUCUUCGACGUCUGGUGUUCUUCUGGCUUCGCAUCCUAAAGGUCGGGAAGAAAGUGCGGGCUCGGCCGCCCAUCUGCGAACUUCUGGAUCCCCGAACUUCGGUGGCGUGGGCCGUCCUCCAGAAUGUUGCUCGCCAGUUGUUGGAUCCUCAUGGUCGAGGCCGUUUGGUUAUGAUCUGGCGACCAGCUGGUUUUCCCACGUACGGUGAGUGGUGUGCUGAGUGUACUGCGUCAGUGCGCGAGCUGAGACGGGUCUUGAUAUGCCUGGCGGGGUGGGUGUAUAGGCGACAUGUCGUCUAUUGGCAAGAGCUGCCGUGGCCCUUGCUUCAGUUUGUAGAUCGCGAAGCAGAGGAGACAACUGUCCAAGCUGCGAAAAACUUGUGGGAGUCAUCUUUCACCUGCUGCGCAGCGCCAGGCCUUGCCAGGGACCUCAAGCGGAUGGGCGUCAGUGCUGAUGAGCUGGCGACCAACCCAAAGUGGACUGCCGUCCUCGCAGGCUACGGGGCCUUGCUUGAAAUGACCAUAGCCGAUGUUGAGUGCAAACAUGCAUUGUCGAAGCAUUGGGCGGACCGGCCGUUUCCCACGAUCACAGCCAAACAUAUCAACAGGGAGGCGGCCGUGUGCGUCGAGGAAGCACGUCUGCAUGCAGACUCCUUGAAGACGCUUGCCGCUGGCGCCAGGGCAAUCGCACCGGCCGAAGGGCUUGAAGGGCGCAAGCAAGUGUCUGUCCAGGUAAAGACCCCAGCUCCUCGCGCCAAGUCUGCGUACAUGUUCUUCCGGGACGAUUUGCUGGCUGCGCAGCAACGCGUGUCGUCAGAUGUUGUGAAUCCAUGCUCUCGUGAAUUCUGGGCAUCGCUGAAAGAGGCGUGGGCGGCCUUACCUGAGGCCAGGAAAGCGUACUAUGAGGACUUGGCUCAGGAAUCCAUCAGGAGCGCUGCUGCCAAGCGCUUGCAGUCUCGCCAGAAAAAGCCGCGUCUUGGGCGACCGGAUGAUGCAGUGGUGCCAGCAGCUGUCAAGGAUGCAGACGUGCAGCCAGAUGAGGCGCCCUCAUGCGCAGAGAUGAGGCCGCUUUCUCAGUACGUGCCCGGGUCAUCGCUGCCAGCGGCGGCAAGCUUCUACAAUCCUUGGGUGCUUGCUUCUUCGUUGGCAGGUGUUGCAGACUUGCCAGAGAUGGCGAGGGAGAUAGGCAAGUACUUCACAACUGAGCAGGAUGCGCUGGCAGAUUUGGCUGAUGACUGUCUUCGGUGCAGCCCGGUAUCUGAAGAGCAGUUGCAGCAAUCGUGGAAGCACAACGUUUCCCAGGGACGUACUUGGGCAGCCACCUUGCAACAGUUCAAUGCUGAGACACAGAGGUUUGCAAUGCCCAGCAAUCAAGAUCUCUUCCCUGAAAGCAUCAUAUAUCAGAGCUCAUGCGGCUUGCUUUGCAGAACCAAAGCGUCCCCAGGCGAUAUUCGCUGUUUUCAAUCAUUGCUUGACGCUUUUGACACGGUUGUGUGUCGCUGCGGGGAUGGGUCCAUUGCCUCAGCCAGCAAGUGCGACAUCUUGUUGAGAUGCAGCAUCACGACUGCAGAUGCGGAUCACUUUGCAGAGUUCUAUUCCUUGCUGACGUCCUUAUCUGCUCGCAGUGGCCCACAUGCCUCCGGCCAGAUCUUUGUUUCGCUUGAUGCGGUUGCUUGGUCAGUCUUGGCGCAGU